AUGCCUCUCUGUCGCUAUUUCCAGCAGGGGAACUGCAAGUUUGGAAGCCGCUGCCGCUUCGAUCAUCCCGGCGCAACUACGCAGUCCCAGUCCCAGACUUCGAACAGCUAUGCGACGAAUAACCGAUUCGGGCUCUACGGGAAAAGCGCUGGAGGCAAGACCACUGGUAGCAAGGGCAAUUCAGGAGGAAAGACUCUUGAGGACUACAAAGUCUCGACUGAUACGAUCAAGGCCGAUCUAACGACCGAGACGCCCCAAUGGAUCCUCUCAGCCUACGGCCCCGGCCGGAACACGCCCGAACAGCUGUUUGGCGGAUACCCGCGCGAGCAGAGCUUUGAAGAAAUGAGGCUGCAUUAUCUGACGGGCAAGGCCGAGGGUCGUGAGCAAGAAGUUCUCAACCAAGCACAGGAGCUCUACAAAAUCGCCCGCCAGCAGAUGGACAAUGCAGUCAACAACGUCGUCGAAGCCGCCAACUUUGUUGUCGGGGCCGAGAACACUCACCCGAACCGACACGACAUAUGCCAGCAGGGCACCCAGGGCCAGCCCUUUGGCGAGUUUUCAGUCGGCAAGCGGUCCCUACCGAGUGGCCCGUCAAACACCAACGCCUCGCCCUUUAAGUCGGCAGGCCAGACCAACUCGUCGUCAGCCUUUGGUGUGCCCAGCGGAGGGACAAGCGCUUUUGGACAGCCGAGCCAGCCCCCGAGCGCCUUUGGACAACCGUCGCAGCCUGCGCCCUCGGUGUUCGGCCAGCCCUCACAGCCGGCUGCCAACCCCUUCGGACAGCCUUCCACACCCCUGCAGCAGACCCCCGCCUUCGGUCAGCCGUCGCAACCGGCGCCUGCGUCGGGGUUUGGAACGCCGUCCUUCGGACAGCCUUCGCAGCCGACCAGUACGUUUGGCCAGCCCUCGAAGCUCGGCACGAGCGCCAGCGCGUUUGGUAGGCCGUCGUUCGGACAGCCUCCCCAGCCUGCUGCCCAGCAACCUUCCGCAUUUGGCCAGCCCUCGCAGCCUCCCGCUGCUCAGCAGACUUCUGCUUUCGGUCAGCCCAGUCAGCUAGGCCAGAACGCCAGUCCGUUUGCCGCAUCAGGCGCGCCCCCCCAAGCCAGUCCGUUUGGAGCUGCCAACACCGGAGCCUCCAACAAUGCCCCCGGCGCAUUCGGACAGCCGUCGCAAGCACCUGCUGCUCCUAGUAAUACAUUUGGUUCCGCGUCACAGACGACGUCGAGUCCUUUUGGACAGCCUUCACAGGCGCCACCUUCAGGAGCCUUUGGAAAACCUGCUGCUGCUGCUGCUGCUGCUCCGGCAAACCCAUUCGGGUCGGCAAGCAACAACAACCAGGCAAACGAGACGGCCAGUCCAUUCGGCCAAAAGGCCCCGAACCACAGCCCCUUUGAGUCUCAGCCUCAGCAACAGUCUACCAGCGGCACUUUCGGACAAGCUUCCACUCCCAACAGUAACCCCUUUGGUAGUGCCCAGCCACCACAGCAACAGCAGGCUUCGGCCUUCUCUCAGCCUCAGCAGACGAGCAGCGGCACAGCAUCCACGUCGUCGAACAACCCCUACCCGCCAGAGAGCACGAGGCAGCACCCGCCUAUAGAGAGCUACACGACCAAGGGAAUGGAUGGCAGACUGAGCAUGUUUCGCGGCAAGCCCGUCACAUACCACGAGGGGAAGCCGGGUAUCAAGAACCUCAACGGCACGUUUCAGCGUAUCUGGUUCCCAGACGGACCACCCAGUUUUAACAAGGAUACGGCGUUGGCACCAGACGCGUAUGACGGCCCGUCCAAAGCGCAGUGGGCGUCAUUUGCCGAGACGGGGCAGUUUGCCGAGGGGGUCAUGCCGGAGCUGCCGCCGCCCAGGGAGUGUACGCUGUGGAAUUUUUAA